CACCGUCCAGAUAAAUUUACCCAGAAAUCACCAUUUUGUUUUCUUUUUUGACAGAUGAUGAAAAUUGCGUUUCAUUGACAUAGUUAUGAGCAAUACUUAUAUCUUUGCUUUUAAACAUUAGAAGCUCAUCAAAGCUACCCUAUACUCGUAUCUGAAAUUACGAACUUUAAAAAUAAUUACAAUGUGAUUCGCACACACAUGUGAAUAUUAAACAGUUAUAGAGAUGGCUGAGUUUGAGACACAGUACCAGCAGUUGUCUGUUUAUGAUGAUGAUGACACUGGGGAGGAAACUGACAACCCUACUGAAGACCAUUUAAUGAUUCAUGUCGUUCCUGAAGGGAACAAAGCUCGUUGGAAUCAUAUUGAGAACCUAGAUGAGUUUUUUACCAGAGUUUACCAGUAUCAUCAGAGACAGGGGUUUAUGUGCAUGGUGCUGGAAGAUUUUCUACAAUUAUUACAAUUUGUGUUUGUGGUCGUGUUUUCUACAUUUCUAAUAGUAUGUGUAAAGUAUGAUGAACUGUUUGACAAUGUAUAUCGUAAUAGAACCAGCCAUCAUAAAGUUACACUAGAUGAUACCAUAAAGACACAUGACGAGUGCUUACAAUCAUUUACAUCAACUAUUAUAUUCUGCCUGAUAGUAGCAGCAGCAUUUUGGUUGUUCCGUGUAUUGAAGGUCAUCUAUAAUGUGUUCUUGUAUUAUGAGAUCCGUUCCUUCUACCAUACAGCUUUAAAAAUAACUGCCACUGACUUACCUAACCUGACAUGGCAUGAAGUGCAAACAAGAAUAUUAGAAGUUCAGAAAGAUCAGCAAAUGUGUAUACAUAAAUCUGACCUUACACAGUUAGAUAUAUAUCAUCGUAUAUUAAGAUUUAAGAAUUAUACAUUAGCCAUGGUGAACAAAUCUGUGCUACCACUUAAAGUACAUGUGCCUUUUGUUGGAGAAUAUGUCUUUUUAAGUACUGGGCUCAAGUAUAAUAUUGAAUUUCUCCUCUUUUGGGGUCCUUGGUCAGCAUUUGAAAACAAAUGGCAUUUAAAAGAGGAAUAUAAAGAUAAAAGCUUUGCAAAGAGAAAACAACUUGCUGAAACGUUGUCUCAGCGUAUUCUAUGGUUAGGAAUUGCCAAUCUAGCAUUAUCUCCAUUGAUAUUUCUCUGGCAGAUACUUUAUUCUUUCUUCAGAUAUGCUGAGUUGGUAAAGAGGCAGCCAGCAUUUUUGGGUUCUAGAAGAUGGUCAAACUACGGUAGACAAUAUUUGAGACAUUUUAAUGAACUUGACCAUGAAUUCAAUGCAAGGUUAAACCGGGGCUAUAAAGCGGCUGACAUGUAUCUGAGUAUAUUUAGUUCACCAUUGAUGUCGAUAAUUGCUAAAAAUGUGGCAUUUUUUGCUGGUUCCGUGUUAGCUGUAUUGGUUGUGUUAACUGUGAUAGAUGAAGAUGUACUCAAUGUAGAACAUGUUCUAACCAUUAUGACCAUUGCUGGUGUUAUUGUGACAUCAUGUAAAGUGUUUAUACCAGAUGAGCAUGCUGUGUAUUGUCCGGAAGUCUUAUUAAGGAACGUGUUGGCGCAGAUACAUUACAUGCCUGAUCACUGGAGUGGAAAUGCACAUACAUCUAAAGUUAGGGGAGAAUUCUCCUUACUCUUCCAGUUUAAAGCAAUAUACCUACUAGAGGAAUUACUUAGUCCACUCAUCACUCCGCUUUUGUUGAUAUUCAAAUUCCGAGGAAAAGCUGGUGACUUUGUGGAGUUCUUCCAUAACUUUACAGUAGAUGUUGUUGGGGUGGGUGAUGUGUGCUCCUUUGCUCAAAUGGACAUUAGAAAACAUGGUAAUCCACAGUGGACAAAUGGGGAGGAGUCACAGGCCAGUCAGAAAGAACAAGGAGAAGAUGGUAAAACAGAAAUGUCACUCAUGCAUUUCCAUUUAACCAACCCUGAAUGGAAGCCUCCAGAAAAUUGCAGCAUGUUCCUACAUAAUGUCAAAGAUCACAUCCAGCGAGAUGUGGUAGCUAUGAGUUCAAUGCAACAGGACCUGAUGGGAGGAGGGGCCUUCCAGAGUAUGAUACCAAGCGGUGCAACCGGUAUUGGUCUUGGGUAUGCUAGUCUAGUUUCCAGUAUAACAGGUCAAAGUGCAAUGUUGUCACCCUCGGUGAAUAUGUCAGCUCCUUUUACAUCAGGCAUAACACCUAAGUUGAGAGGAGCUGUGUCACAGUCUGAGGGACCACUGUCAGGGUCAGGAGGGGGUUUAGGUUCAAGUUUUCACAGUCCAAGUGUUUCCAUGACAGGACCACCUACACUUCAACCUAUUUCACAACCCCACUCACUUAUACAACCACCAUCUUCCCUAAUUCAACCAACAUCUACAUCUCAAAGACAUUAUGAUGAGGGCCAGAUAGAACUCAUGUCUACAGAUAUGAGUUUUAGUGCUUUAUACAUGCAUGAUCUUAGAACCAGAAGAGCUAGAGGAUAUUAUGAGAAUCUAGAUGAUAUCCGUGCAAGAUCACUGUGGCAACGUCAUGACACGCCUCAAGCCACUCCCUCAUCAGGGGGAACAACUCCCAUGCCAAAUAUAGAAGAGCAACCCAUGGAGGAAGACAAUGGAACAAAAGAAGGGGAGAAUAACUUUGUAUGAUACAUUGUACUUCUGAAAGGAUCUUAGUAAAUCGAACUUGGCCAGUUUUGUUUCCAUUAAAAUUUGUGGUUUGACAAUUUAUUAAAGUCAUAAUUGAACACAUAUUGUAGUGCAGAAAAAAAAAUUGAUUUUGCUUAAGUGUCUUCAGUCAAGUUUGAUCAAAAUAAACUAUAUGUACAAUCAGACUUGAAUGUGGAGAUUAGUUAUAGAAUCAUAUGUGUCAUAAAUGAAUGUUAACGGGUGCCGAUGGAUAUUUUAUAAAUCUAAUCAUAUUGAACAGGGAAAAGUGAACAAUAUUUAACACAAGAUUGUUAGAACCUUUGUCAGGAGGUGGACUUUAUAACACAGUGUUAUUUUAACAGAAUAAUAACUUGUGUUAUAUUGUUUAUUUAGGUAUGAAAGUAAAAGAAUACCACUGCACUUACGGAAUGUGUACAUGCAUCAUUAUGUGUGAACAUUGCUGUUGGUAUACAUAGACAAAAAUGAGUAAUUUACCAUUUGAAAUACCAGUAUAAAACUGCUGUGAUUAAACAUUGUGAGACAAAUGUUGAUGUCUAAAUGUUGAUGGUUAAAUGUCAAUGGCUAAAUGUUGAUGGCUAAAUGUUGACAGCUAAAUUUUGAUGGCUAAAUGUUGAUAGCUAAAUGUUGGUUAGCUAAAUAUUAUUGGCUAAUUGUCAAUGGCUAAAUGUUAUUGGCUAAAUAUCAAUGUCUAAAUGUUGAUGGCUAAAGGUUGAUGGCUAAAUAUUGUUGUAAAAUGUUGGCAGAUAAGAUGAGAGGGAGAAUAUAGGCAUAUUGAAUUGUUUGGCUUUCACACCUUUGUUAGGUGUCCACAGACAUCCUGGAAUGUUGUGUGUGUGUGUUUUUAGCUCACCUGUCACAAAGUGACAGGGUGAGCUUUUGUGAUCGCUUUUCGUCCGGCGUCCGUCCGGCGUCCGUAAACUUUUACUUUAAAUGACAUCUCCUCAUAAACCAUUAGGCCAAUUUCAUCCAAACUUCACAGGAAUGUUCCUUUGGUGGUCAACUUUAAAAAUUGUUCAAAGAAUUUAAUUCCAUGCAGAACUCUGGUUGCCAUGGCAACCGAAAGAAAAAAACUUUAAAUAUCUUCUUUUAAAAAACCCUAAGAGCUAGAGCUUAGAUAUUUGGCAUGAAACAUCUUCUAGUGAGUGUCUACCAGGUUUGUUCAAAUAAAAGCCCUGGGGUCAAAAUUGGCCCCGCCCCAGGGGGUCAUUGAUUUUCCCUAUAUGCAUAUAGUAAAAACUUAAAAAAUCUUCUUUUAAAGAACUCAAAGAGCUAGAGCUAAGAUAUUUAGCAUCAAACAUGUUCUAAUAGGUGUCUACCAAGUUUGUUCAAAUAAAAGCCCUGGGGUCAAAAUUGGCCCCGCCCUGGGGGUCAUUGAUUUUCCUUAUAUGUGUAUAGCAAAAACUUAAAAAAUCUUCUUUGAAAAAACCCAAAUAGCUAGAGUUUAGAUAUUAAGCAUGAAACAUCUUCUAGUAAGUGUCUACAAAGUUUGUUUAAAUAAAAGCCCUGGGGUCAAAACUGGCCCCGCCCCAGGGGUGUCAUUGUUUUUAACUAUAUGUGUAUAGUAAAAACUUAAAAUCUUCUUUGAAAAAACCCAAACAGCUAGAGUUUAGAUAUUAAGCAUGAAACAUCUUCUAGUUAGUGUCUACAAAGUUUGUUCAAAUAAAAGCCCUGGGGUCAAAACUGGCCCCGCCCCAGGGGUGUCAUUGUUUUUAACUAUAUGUGUAUAGUAAAAACUUAAAAUCUUCUUUGAAAAAACCCAAACAGCUAGAGUUUAGAUAUUAAGCAUGAAACAUCUUCUAGUUAGUGUCUACAAAGUUUGUUCAAAUAAAAGCCCUGGGGUCAAAACUGGCCCCGCCCCAGGGGUCUCAUUGUUUUUAACUAUAUGUGUAUAGUAAAAACUUAAAAAAUCUUCUUUUAAAAAGCCCAAUGAGCUAGAGCUUAGAUGUUUAGCAUGAAACAUCUGCUUAUGGGUGUGUGGGGAGGGGGGCUAUAUACAGGUGAGCGACCUCAGGGCCAUCAUGGCCCUCUUGUUUUAUAUAAAGUUAGUAUUAACUUUGCAAUGUUUAAAUAUUUUUUGUCAUUUUAGGAAACAUUGUCUUGAAAUUAGUAGUGCUCAAACCUUUAAUCCCACAUAUGGGUGACAAGCUCUGGCAUUUAAAUACAAAUAUUUUAAUUAUUUAAACAGAGCUUGAAAAUAGAUGUGUUUAUCAUUAAAUAAUAGUUUCUUUACUAAACUUGUUAUUAAAAAAAUUGUAAUUCAUGACAAAUAAUUCUAUUUUGAUAUUCAUUUGUAUCUUAUAGAUGCAAUAAUUAAGAAAUGUUAAUUGUUAAAUUUGAAGGUCGCAUUGAUUAUUUCAUUAUGUUGGUUUUAAAAAAAAUGCACGUUUAUAUUGAUGCAUGCAAUGGUGAGUGUGUAUAUCUUGGCUAAAAGUAAAUAUAUAAUCAUAUGGUAUGGUGAUUUUUUUUUGUAUAAGUGAACUUACCAAAAUAAUUUGGAUUUGAAAAGAUGAUUUUGUUCAUAAAAUGUGACAGAUUCCAUAUCUCUGUUAAUUGUUGAUUUUAAUCAUAAUAUUUUCAUCUAGAGAUUUUCACUGUUGAUAUAUAGGGUAUACUUAAAAUGGGCAGUUGAGAAUAAAAAACUCUUAUAUAUACAUGUGGUGAAGAUCUUUUUCCUGUAAGCUUCACAUUCUUUAAUUAACAGACUGAACAGUUGAGAACAUUAUUACUGUACAGAAUAUAUUCACAGAUUAAGGAAAGGAAUGUUAACAUACCAUGCUAGCUUGUUGAACAUUAGUGGUUCUACUCCAGGUGUCUUCGUGUGCUUGAAAUGAUAUAUGUAGAGGCACUAGUAAAGCUGGAAAGUUGCCAUAUGACCUUUACAUUGUUGCUGCAACCAAGGGGAAAAAAGUGUUAGCUUAAUUUACUUUAUUUGUUAACAAUAUAUUCAAUAUUUUAUCUAUUAUUUAAGCUCACUUUACUGGAACUAAAAGAGACCAACCUUUUAUGUAUCAGUAUGGGGCCAGUCUGUGCAGUGUGACCAGACUCUUUAUACUGUUGACACAUUGAUAUCCCUAUAUUUUAUAAUGGACAGUUCCUAAAAUGGAAGCUGGACAAGUCCAUUUUAGAAUUUUAGCGGGUUAAGCCGUUUUGGUUAAAACAUAAAACAUGUAUUUCCAUUGCAAAUAUUGCAUGUGAAUUGGAGGUUUGCUUCUUCAACAACAACAAAACGUGUCACACAUAAAUGAAGACUUUGACAAUAAUCUAUUUUACUCAUUUUAUCAGAGCAUAGAAUAUAAUACCUGAUGAUUAUUCACCUGUUUGUUUUUGCUUGUGUGAUGUUAACAUGUAUUCUUUCAUACAGCUAUUAUAGUAGUAGAAUAUUUAUUAUGUUUUGCUUCAUUCAAGUGUAAAACUCGUUAUCAUAUAUUAGUUUCAAAUGUAUACCUUUGGGAGAUGAUCUUAUGAUUUGUUAUAAUCAUUGGAAAUUUGUGUUUGAAAAGACAGAUAAUACAAGGUUAUUAAUUGGUUGAACUGAUUUUACUGAUUUGCGCCAAAUUUAAUGUGGAAGAAUGCUUUUUCAUUAAAUACCACACUGAAACAGUGUUUUAUUUUUUUCAUCUUUUUUUAUUAAGUGUUUUACUACUAAGUAUUAUUUAUAUUUAUAACUAAUUGUUAUAACAGGUACUGAGUAAUAUUAGAAAUUAAACUUAACACAUGAAACGUUUUACAGUUUAAUAUGAUACCUUACUUUCAUUACUUAUCAAUAUACAUCAGUUUUAAUAAUACUCUUAUAAAACUUUCUAUUUUAUCUUUAAAUAUAACCACAGAAACUUAUUUUAUUAACAUGUCCAAAAUAUAUCACUUUAAUUUUAAUCGGAAGUAAUUUCAAGAAGAUCUUGCAAACGAUAAACCUACAGAAUUUCUAACUUGUAUGCUAAAUCAUCUAAGCUAAUAUAUUAAUAAAAGGCGGGAAAAUAAUCAAGAAAAUCAUACAAAGCAUGAGGCGGGAAAAUAUAAAGUAGUUUAAAAUGUAUUAACACAUUUCUAAGGAGUUUUCUUAUUACUUAAACAAAGUCAGGAGCAUACUCAAAUGACAAAUGUUUCAAUUUAACUUUACUAUAAUAGCUUAUGAUAAAAAAAAUCACAAAAUUUGCGACAGUCUAGCUUUCGAUUUGAAUUUUGUGACACUGCGGGUAGGUAUAAGUGUACCGUCUUAGUAGCGAAACAUUUGUAAUAAUAACUAAUAAAGGGAAAGUUUUUUCAUAAGCAGGGAAUACAACAAUAGAUGCCAAAAAAAGGUUUUGAAAAUAAUCUUUGAAGUUUUGCCAAUAUUUUCUUAUAUACUUUUUUGUCUGUAACAAAUUAAUUUUUCAUAAAUUCAAGGAAUAAAGUACAUGAAUAUAUGAAUUGAUAAUGUUAUUGACAUAUUGUCUAUGUUUUAUUGACCUAUUUUGAAGCUUUGGGUUUCAUUGUUGAAUAUUUUGUUUAAAUUUUCAAAUCUUCCAUUCUUGAUAUCAGAAGCAUGAUAUCUUUCAUGUCAUUUGGUUGAAACAUUAGUCACAUGGCAACUGUACAGUAAUUUUGUGAUGUGUUAAUUAAAACAAGAUCAGAAUUAGAGUGUUUCAUUUAGAGAUAGGUAGCUUAUAUUACAGGGUCAUAUGUAUUGUCAAAACACAGGUUUAACUAUCAAAACACAGGUUUAACCGUAUUAUCCAUUAGGAAGUGUUGUCAAAACACAGGUUUAACUGUAUCAUUCAUUAUGAUGUGUUGUUAAUUUGUCAAUGUUGUGUAUCUUUUUUAUAUAGAAACUUGUGUUAGUGUUGAAUUCUUUUUCAAUAGUUGUAAAUAUGUACAGUUGUUAAAACAGUGUACAAUGUUAUGAUCCAUUGCCAUUUUAUUAAAUUAUAACUAAUUUAUUUAAAAA